CCCACGCAUACAUCCAUCCGCACCCACCGCUCUCGCCGCGACCAUGUCCGAAGCGUCCACAUCACAGCAGAAAGCGAAGGAGAAGGAGAUCGUCGAGCAGGCGGCCGCGCUCGCCGCCGGCGAAGAGGACGCGCCCACGGGCUCCGAAGGCUCUGAGGACGAGCAGGACGUCGCCGGCUCGUCCUCCGUGCAGGUAAUAUCGCCGUCCACGUCGAGCAAGAAGAAAAAGAAGAAGCGGUCAAAGGCGGUGAAGGCCCUGAACGCGCUCCGCGGUGGGGGCAAGGACGCGAUCCCCGAGGAUGUGGUCAAGGUCGUGCUCGAGAAGGUCCGCGCGGAGGGCGGGGAGGCCGCGGCCGCUGCGAACCCCGAGCUCAUCAGGCAGGCGCUCGAGCAGAUGAAGAUCCAGGAUGUGAUCCAGGGCAAGGCUGGAGUCGGGGGACGUGGUAAGAAGGAUACUGGUGGGCAUAAGUUCUGGAGCUCGCAGCCGGUACCGCAACUGGGAGAGGCCCCUCCAGAGGUGGAUGGGCCCAUCGAGCCGUCGAAGCCCCGUGAAGAAGUUCAGCAGAACGCGUAUCCCCUCCCCAAAGAGUUUAUGUGGUCGACACUGGACAUUAGCGACCCAGCAGAGCUGCGCGAACUGUACGAAUUGCUAUCGGCCAAUUAUGUCGAAGACGACGACGAGUCGUUCCGUUUCCAGUACUCCGCGGAGUUCCUCUCAUGGGCUUUGAUGCCUCCCGGCUACCACAAGGACUGGCAUGUGGGUGUCCGGGUGAGCUCAACCAAGAAGUUGGUCGCCUUCAUCUCCGCAGUUCCCAUACGCGUUCGGGUUCGUGACAACGAGUUCGACGCGAGUGAAGUCAACUACCUUUGCGUGCACAAGAAACUGCGAUCAAAGCGGUUAGCACCUGUGCUCAUCAAGGAGGUCACUCGCCAAUGCCAUCUCAAGGGCAUUUUCCAAGCGUUGUACACCGGUGGUGUCCUUCUGCCCACACCCGUAUCAAGUUGCCGAUACUUCCACCGCUGUCUGAAUAUCCCCAAGCUCGUUUCCGUGCGCUUCACCAGCGUCCCCUCUAGCAUGACGCUCGCGCGCAUGAUCCGCCUGCACAAGCUACCAGAUCGCCCGCGUCUACUCGACCAAGGGCUGCGCGAGAUGGAGGAGCGUGACGUGCCGCAGGUCACAGACCUCUUCAGCCGGUACAUGAAGCGCUUCACCAUGUUCCCGGUCAUGAGCGAGGACGAGGUCCGCCACCAGUUCCUGAGUGGUCUCGGCGAAGGUCCUCGCGGAUCGGACAGCUGGAAGAUCAGGCGGGACGGACAGGUCGUCUGGGCGUAUGUCGUCGAGAACCCGAAGACGCACAAGGUCACCGACUUCGUCUCGUUCUACUCGCUCCCGUCGACGAUCAUGAAUCACGACAAGCACAACCUGCUCAACGCCGCGUACCUGUUCUACUACGCCACGGAGACCGCGUUCGAGCCCGGCGCAGAGGAGAGCGGUCGUCUGAAGAAGCGGCUCGAGGACGUCGUCGGUGACGCGCUCGUCAUCGCGGAGAAGGCCGGCUUCGACGUGUUCAACGCGCUCACGCUGAUGGACAGCGUCUGCUUCCUGCAGGACCUCCGGUUUGGCCAGGGCGACGGUCUGCUCAACUUCUACCUGUACAACUGGCGUACCGCGCCUGUGUCUGGUGUCAACGCCGUGGACGACGUGCCCGCGGGCAAGGGUGUCGGAGUCGUGAUGCUCUGAGCUGGUUGUGCUGCCAUGUGUGCAUGCUCUGUGUCUAUGAUAUGAACAGUGGAUUCCCGAACGUUGGGCUCUGAAUCGAGGAAUACCUCGCAGAAUGUAACAAACAUGUUCUAUUGUGAUAGACUAAAUCGUACAAUGCAACCGAUACACGGGCCGCUGCUAUGCCAUCGUCACGUUCGAGGUCGUAGGGUGGGGUAAGGAAAGGGGGGGCUGUGAUGCAAGAGGGGUCGGAGUCCAAGAGCAUAACAUCCAUCGCGCGGAAAUCGGGAAGCGUCUCAGUCAUCGCUGUAGUACAUCACGUCGUCCUCGUCGUCCACCCCGAAAUCCGGCGUCGGGCUCCGUGGCCGCUCCUCCUGCUGCUUACCGCGUCGUUGCGGUAUCACAGGCACGGACGCGCCGCCUGCCCCCGUCGCGCGCGACUGCGAGUUCACAGCGGGCUGCGAGGGACGAGAACCGAGGGUUUGUCCCCCAUUGCCCCACGUUGCCGCGGGAGCUUGCUCUCUUUCCUUCUCCUUCCCCUUCACGGACGGCUGAGACUGCGACGUGGAUUGCCCACGGCCCGUGAGUGAGUUGCCCGACCCGGCGAAGACGUUUGUCUGAGGUGGGGAGUCUGUCGCCUUUGCUUCGGGCGGAACGUAUGGCUGAACGGUGAACCCAAAGAACAACUUGCCGAACGGCAGAUUGAGCGGCGCCGGGACGUAGACGUCACCGUCAAGGCUGCCGGGUGUCACAAUACGAUGUUGGUCUGUACGGAUAAUCUUGCUGCCCUCGGGAGCCGCUUCGGGCUUCCGGUGGCUGAUGCCUUUACCUUUGGUCUUGCGUCCAGUGAGCGUUUCGCCCUUGCCCUUGAAACUUUCCCAAUGAUCGCCGCCUUUGCUGAUAGGGCCGCCCCUCGGAGCUGCGCCGGCGAACGCACCACCCAAAGACGAUCCAGGUCGGGACGAACCAGGGGUGGAGGAGCUCAGGUCAAUGUUGAGCUUGGAGGCCAUGGUAGCUGCAGGGGUAGGCUUCGGACGUUCGGGCUCCACAUAUCCAACAGGAGCCGCGAAAUCGACCUCCAAGUCUGUGUCGAGGACACUGAUUCCCUCGCCGCCUGGAUGUGUCUCCAUAACGAGCAGACCGAAGACUAUAGAGUUGUAGGAGAUCUCAACGAUGUCACCCUGUGUGAGGGCGGAGAAGUUACGCAAUGCUUGUUCGAGGACUGCCUUAGGGUCUGAGAUUUCCAGGAAAUCCACCGUCUGUGCCUGCAGCUUGACCAUCUUGCCCUUGGGGAGAUCUGUGCCAGUAAUUCGGAUAGGAUCGCCUUCGUUCAGCCGCAGCGUCUUCAUCAUCCAGUGAGGAAGGUGUACGCAACCCUCCUCGGCUAUGAAUUCGAGGACACCACCAUGGGUGGAAGCGGCGGGGUUUGCGGGAUUGCGAAGCUUGAACACCCAGGGGGACUCAAGGUCCAUUUGUGUGAGAUUUGCAAGCGCGGAAGGAGGCAUAAUGAUCUUUCCACCGUAGCUCAGAUUGUCUCGCGGCCUUCCGGGAAGCAUUGCGACGCUGUACGCCUUGAAGUAUUCAUCGUAUGCUCUUGGGUUUGGUAUACCCAUUCUCCGGAUGCCAGCUCCACCCAACCCUUGGGCGAACUGGGCGAAUAAGCCGGCAGGGCCAGCGCCGCCAAACGGAUUCUGUUGAUCAAAGAAGUCCAUCGGUGAAAGCGAGAU